AUGGGGGGAACAUGGAUACCGGCCAUCUUGAGGCCUGACUUUACAUGGCCGCGGCCAAUGCCAUCAACCAUCUCCGAGAAUACUCCUCCAGCACCCCCUAUACCAAGCGCAACUGCACGGCGAUUUUGGGCCAUUAUUCAUAAGGCUCUGUUUUUUUUCUCCGAGCGGUAUUGCUCCUGGUUCGAUCUCCCGUUCGGUAACCUAGCGGAAUUACCCUUUGGGCUCAUUAUGAAGUGGACUGAUCGAACGAGCAUGGAGGAAGUAAUUGCGAUGAAAAUGGCCCGGGCUGCUGGUAUGCCUGUUCCCAAAGUUCUCAGUUGCGGAGAGCACCCUGGAGAUCCGUUUAAUAGGGUGUUCUCUAUCCUGAUGACAAGGCUGCCUGGAACAUCCCUUGAAAACUCGGGUGAUCCCUUCGAACCCGACAACGAGGGACUCUGGAUUCAUGAGUUGAAGCUAUGCCUGAACUCUAUGCGCAUGUGGCGUGCCUAUUCUGACGAGAACCAUAUCUGUUCUGUGCUCGGGACUUCCAUUCAGAGCACUCGAGUGCCCAACCAUAUCAUGGGUCCGUUCACGAGCGAAAGGGGUUUGACGCAGUACCUUUUGUCUGCAGCUUCUGCUCACGGUUUUAAGUCGAGAGAAGAAUACGAUAAAGCUUUGGUGCGCGCGAAACGAAUCGAUCAGCACUCACAUCGAGUCACUUUCACUCAUGGGGAUUUCAAAGCUCACAAUAUCCUCGUCGACGACGACGGGCAUUUGUCUGGAUUUCUUGACUGGGAGUCAGCGGGUUGGUGCCCUGAAUACUGGGAUUUUACUACAGCAAUGAGAUUUGGACAGAAUAGUUGGUGGUAUCAAGUUGCCAUGUGGAUGGGAGGGGAUCAAUAUCUUGAGGAACUCAAUGCUGACAUUGCAUUGAACAUGCUGACUGUCGAUUCAUACAUAGCAAUGUAA